UGGGAAUCGGCCGGUUGGAUCGAUAAUAUUCAUUUUGUGGAGUCGGAUAAUUGCUCUCCUCAAAACGAUGCUAUUUUUCUAUAAUCGCGCAUCUACUGAGUAUUAGACAGUUCUCUUUUGGGCUUGCCCUACUGUUUCGGUCAGACAAGUCUAGCCUCUUCCAAGUGCUUAACGGCUGGAGAUUCUGAUUUUUGCAGGCAGCCUACCGCGAGUUUGGGAGAAGCGUUAAAGACCGGAUCCUUUCAAGAUGAUCCGAAUACGCUGACAUGUUGCCUAUAUCAUAAGGUGCGUGGUGGAAAGGGGGAGUGGAGGGAAAUAGCAUUUGGAGAGAUGAUCCGUGUCACGAAGGGGAUAGGAAAGAAGGUCAAGUUAGUAGUCCACGCAUCGUUCGCGUUCCGGAUGUCGGAAUUUCAAACUGUCCUGUACGAUUUGAUCGAAGACGCGAGUAUGACUCAGUCAUUUCCUGGAAGGAUCAAGCAGAGAUGGUUCAACAUAGAGCGAUACAACACACAGACACCGGAUUUACCGGUUUAUUCGGCGGAAUUGAUGAUCAAGCUGUUCAAGUUAAGUAAGCAGCUUAUGUUUAGCGCCAUCGUGGACAGCAGAAAACGAGAAUAUCCAAAUUCUGGUGCCUAUCGUGGUAAAACGGUCAUUUUUGGGACACACAACUCAGGCAAACAAAGCAGACCUCACAAGGAGACAUCAAAGGAAUUUUUUGAGCACAGUGAGAAAUUCAAGCAACCCAAAUUGAGUUCCGACUCCAAGCCGGAUUCCCGUUUGGGCUGGUCUUCUUUUGAAGAUGAUAACGAUGAGUCUUCUUUGAUGCAGAAGCAGAUGAGUGAUGUGAAGGCAGUUUGGUCAUCUGGCUCAGCGCCUUCUGGUUUUUCCCUAACUGAGGAGCGGAGAAUGCUUGAAUCUAAAAUUUAUUCGACGAUUUGUCGCCUCUCGGCGAGAAUCCAAAGCGAGGCGAGCAAGCGCGAAAGCUUAGUUGCAGUUUAUUUAACUACGUUAUGGGAACGGGACGUGGCGGAAAACCUAACGAUGCGUAUCUAUAAAUACAAUCAAUUACUGAAAGAAGAAGUAAUGAAUAUAACCAAGCCGGCUGGAAAAGUUGCAUUUCUUUGUGCAGAAGCUAAUGGAGAGUAUACUGGACAAUAUACACUUAUUGUUACAUCCAACGGCCUUGCUCCAAGAUCGAUUAAUAUAUGUACACUAAAUGAAUACAUCGUAAUCUAUGAUUUUAGAAAGGAUGCUUGUUCUAUAAAGCUGCUUCCAGUCGCUUUUACUGUCUCCCCUAAAUCCAAUAUCUGUCUUCGAAAAAUUUUUCAAAUUGAAAAAACACAAUUUCUUCCUGCUCCUCUGCGCCAAAAAGCGGUACAUCAGACGCUCAACAUCGAUUCGGAUGCCUACAAUCUACCGCAGAUCACCGUCUAUUCUCCAAAUUCGCUUACUCAUGACGCCGCCCCUUCGACCGACCCAAAGACACCCUCUACAGACGGACGAAACCUCUUCCAGCAAACCAUGCCUAUACCAUAUCAGUCAACCGAAACAUCUCAUCCGUCAUUGUUGCUUUACGCGACCAGACCCGUUCAGCCUGAACAGCCACACCUCCAUCAUUUUAUCCCUGAAAACCAGCAUCCUGUAUCUUUCUACACGACACCCUCCCACCACUAUUGCAUUGCAAAUGAUCCCACGAAGGGCCAAUCGCAUCUGGUCCCGCAUUUUCAGCUGCUUGCUCUAAACGAGCAAGUUCAGCCGACCCCAAAUUCUCCUGUGAAUGCGCCUGUUUUGAACCCCUUCAUCCAAAAUGGAUUCAAACUUGUAGAGCUGUGCUACAAUCCGCCCUACGUUGACUAUUUACCGCUGUGCUCCGCUCAACAUCCCGCGCAAAUCGUCUACAACAAUGGACUAUGCAAUAUCCCAUACGGUUCGAACUGCGAACAAACCCACGCGCCCUCAGACGCCUCUCUGCCCUCCAAGCAGGGCAGAACACCGCACAAGCCACCCGCGCACCAAAAGCGGUAGCUUUUCUCCUGCCAAUAUAUGUGUAAAUCAUGUAAAAAAAAAUUUUUAGACUUGAC